ACAAGCGGGCAGCAACAGGAGAGAGAGCUGGGCAGAUAGAUGGAGAUGGUGGGGUGAAAUUUCGAGGAGGGGUUCAGUCAUACCGGGCUGAAUUGGCCACCCCCAUGCUCCGAUUGAGUGCCCCCCACCCCUGCACCCCCAACCCUGGUACUUCCACCUUGACGAAAUUUGAGCUGAUGCUGGACUGACUGCUUGUGACUAUCAGGACGUGAGCUCCAUUCCCACACAGGCAGAACGACGGACGCGCAUCCGCACCGUCGCAGCACAUCACCGCCCAGCAUGGCCUCAAUAAACCAAUGCCUGGCCUCAAUGGCAAGGCUCAGCCUCACGACAGCAUCCAGACCAACAAUACAAGCAGCGAUACCACGGUAUCUCGCCCCAUCAGUCGUCGCAGUCGCACAACAAACACGAAAUGCAUCGGGACGGCCAAGCGGCGCGAGGAAGAAGGAGAAGAAGAGGAAGCAGCACAAGGGAUUCAGGGUUGACAGGCUGGACAAGAUGCAGCAGUUCUCGCUGUGUGAUGCCAUCCGGUACGCCCGCGCGUUCGAGGUGGGCCAGGACCCCGUCAGCACCAAGUACGACCUGGCGGUGAACCUCAAGACGCUCAAGUCCGGGCCCGUGAUCAAGAGCCGCAUCCGGCUGCCGCACCCGGUCUCGUCGAACCGCCGCAUCGGCGUCGUGUGCAAGGAAGGGUCGGCCCUGGCCAUCCAGGCGCGGGCGGCGGGCGCCGCGGCCGUGGGCGAGGAGACGCUGUUCCAGGCGCUGCGCGACGGCACGGUCGAGCUGAACAGCCUCAUCUGCGACAAGGGCUCCGCCGACACGCUGGCCAAGGCCAACAUGGGCCGCGUGCUGGGGCCCAAGGGCCUGAUGCCGUCCGUGCGCAUGAAGACCAUCACCAGCAACGUGCUGGGCCUGCUCAAGGAGAUGGCCGGCGCCGACAACUACCGCGAGAAGGAUGGCGUCAUCCGUCUGGCCGUCGGGCAGCUCGCCUUCACGCCCGAGAUGCUGGCCGCCAACGUCAAGGCGGUCGUGGCGCAGGUCAAGGACGACUGCGCGUCGGUCGAGGGCAACUUUACCAAGGAGGUGCACGAGAUUGUCAUGAGCACCACGCACGGGCCGGGCUUCAGCCUGAACGGCGGGUUCAACCCUACCGAGCCGGGGCUGACGCCUCAGAUGCUGACCAGCCCGAUGUGAGGGCGGCUGGGAGCAAGUAGUGUGUGCGGUCGGAAAGACAUCUUGGACCGGGAUAUAUCUGUACAAUCAAUUCAUGAAGACACGGUGUAUAUUGGAGACGUCCAAUGUUGAUUUGCGCAUAAUGGGGUAUCAUAUUGUGGCACUGCUGAAGAACGUAGCCGCUCACUUCUCCUUGAGCGUCUUGACUCCCUCCGAAUAUGCCCCCAGCACUCGGUAAAGCCCCAGUAGCCUCAUGGUCCUCUCGUGCUGGCCUGCCCUCCGCGCUUCUCUCAACGACGCCCCCAGGUCAACGAGCAGCGUAUUCCUGCACCUCGUGAUCCUCUCCUCCAUCUUCCUGACAUACGGCAGGUCUCGCCCCAAGGCAUUGGCCAGCCUGACGAUAGCAUUGUAUUCCCUGACCAUCUCAACAAGCCUCUCCUCCCCAUCCCCCUCGCUGUCAUCAUCAUCAUCGUCCUCUUUCCCCUCCCCAUCCUCCCUAGCACCACCACCACCCGCCUCCAACCGCCCAAGCAAAAC